GACUACUUCCGGGGCAGGGGCUGACUGAUCAGUGAAGUGGUUUGGGGGAAAGUAACCAUUGUUGUUAACUGGGUCGAUGCUGUAGAGUUUAACUGCAACUUCUCUACAGCCUUACCAGAGCCACAGGAGUGGAGCUUUUGGUGUGUCAUGAAAGAAAUGUCAAGCGGGCAGCAGCCUCAGAAACAUUAUGGCAUCACCUCUGCCAUUAGUCACGCACCCCCGAGAGAAAUAGACAACCAAUACACAAAGAAACUCAGCGAUGCUAUGAAACCAUUCGGGGUGUUUGAGGAUGAAGAUGAACUAAACCAUAGACUUGCAGUUCUCGGGAAAUUAAAUAACUUUGUUAAAGAAUGGAUAUCAGAGAUCAGUGAGUCUAAGAACCUUCCCCCAUCUGCAGUAACUAAUGUUGGGGGAAAGAUAUUCACGUUUGGUUCUUACCGGCUCGGGGUGCACACAAAAGGAGCUGAUAUCGAUGCCUUAUGUGUGGCUCCUCGUCAUGUAGAGAGGACUGACUUUUUCUCUUCAUUCUUUGAGAAGAUCAAACUCCACGAAGAGAUCAAAGACCUCAGGGCUGUGGAGGAUGCCUUUGUACCAGUGAUCAAGUUCAAAUUUGAUGGAAUAGAGAUUGAUCUGCUGUUUGCCAGACUGGCCCUGCAGUCCAUACCAGACAACCUGGACCUGAGGGGCGACUCCAUGUUGAGGAAUCUUGAUAUUCGCUGUAUACGCAGCCUCAACGGGUGCAGGGUGACAGAUGAGAUCUUGUACCUGGUGCCAAACAAGGAGAACUUCAGGCUGACUCUGAGAGCAAUCAAACUAUGGGCCAAACGUCGUGGGAUCUACUCCAACAUGCUGGGUUUCCUGGGAGGUGUGUCGUGGGCCAUGCUGGUGGCCAGAACCUGCCAGCUCUACCCCAACGCUGUGGCUGCCACCUUAGUCCACAAAUUCUUCCUGGUCUUCUCUAAAUGGGAAUGGCCAAACCCGGUGCUUUUGAAACAGCCAGAAGACAGCAAUCUGAACCUUCCAGUGUGGGACCCCAGAGUCAACCCGUCUGACAGAUACCAUCUGAUGCCUAUCAUUACACCGGCCUAUCCCCAGCAGAACUCCACCUACAACGUCUCCACCUCCACACGCACCAUCAUGAGCGAGGAGUUCAAAUAUGGUCUCAGCGUCACGGAUGAGAUUCUUCAGGGUAAAACGGAGUGGUCGAAACUCUUUGAGCCGCCCAACUUCUUUCAAAAGUACAAACAUUACAUCGUCCUCACUGCCAGUGCAUCAACAGAAGAAAAUCACCUGGAGUGGAUUGGCCUGGUGGAGUCCAAGAUCCGAGUGCUGGUGGGGAACCUGGAGAGGAAUGAGUACAUCACCCUGGCCCACGUCAACCCCCAGUCCUUCCCGGGCUCCAAGGAAAACCGUAGCGAGAACGACUUUGUUUCAAUGUGGUUCAUCGGGAUUAACUUCAAGAAGGUGGAGAAUGCAGAGAGCGUGAACAUCGACUUGACAUUCGACAUCCAGUCUUUUACAGACACAGUGUACAGACAAGCCAACAACAUCAACAUGCUGAAGGAUGGCAUGAAGAUUGAAGCCAUGCACGUGAAAAAGAAGCAGCUCCACCAGUACCUCCCCCCCGAGCUGGUGCAGAAGAAGAAGAGGAGCAUAGCGGAUCUGAACCGGAGCUCCAACGGCAGCAGCUCCAAGCGCCUGUCAUUGGACAGCAGUCACCUGGACUCCUCAAGAGACACAGACUCCGGGACCCCCUUCAGCUCGCCCACCCCCACCUGCAAGCCCGCGACCAAGGCGGACAUCGACGGCGGCUCCAGCCCCCCACAGCCCCAGCUGGUGGAGGGCUCCCCAGCUCCCAACGCCUCCCCAGCCCCUACCAACCAGGGUACCUCCACCCCCGACACCAGCUCAACAGUCGUUGCCAACGCCCCAUCGCCACCCGCCGCCUCCCCCCCGCCCGCCGUGACCAGCGGAGACGUGGAGCCCAGUGCCGGCAGCGGUCCUGGCGAGGAGCCCGCGCCCCUCGACGAUCAGCCCCGGGUCGACGCCCAGCCGCCCCUCAACGGAGCCCCCCCCGCCGCCGCCGCCACCACCACCACCACCACAGCCCCCUCCAAGAGACCGCACUCACCCACACAGGAGGACCUGGCCAAGAGGCCCAAAGACCAGGAGCAGCCGGAGCUCAACGACGACUCUGCCUUCAAGGAGCCCUUCCCGCCAUCGUUCGACCCACUGGCGCAGGGAGACUCAGCAGUAAACGCAGAGUCCAAAGCCAAGCCCAUUCCAACCAUAGACGCUUCAAGAACUCAGAGGCUUCCCAGCAUGGAGCUGCCCGACGCUUCCUCCCCGCUGCCCGCCAGCCAGAGUUGUCGCGUGGUGAAGAACUCGAUCAAACUGGCCCUCAACCGUCACAACAUUUCUCCUCCCAAACCCCCAGUGUUCGAGGGCUCCCUGACCACUGACCUCCCUGCUGCCAGUGAAGAGAAGGGCAUGUCCAUUCCUGUCAUUGGCUCAAAGCACAUGCCAGUGAAGCACGUAGCCCCGGCGGCGGCGGCGGUGGGGAACUCCAUCCCCACGCUGGUGAGCAGAGGCCCGGACCCCAUGAACGGCGCUCCGUCCAAGAGGCCCCACUCGCCCACCCUGGAGGAGCAGGCCAAGAGGCUGAAGGAGACGGAGAAGGCCCGCAUCCACAUAGCCUGAGCACUCGUAGACACCCAUACAUACCCCAACAGGAACCUCUAUAUAUGUUCAUAUGUAUAUCGAGGUAUAUAUGGACCUAAUGAUCACCCAGGAUAUAUGUGAGUAGGGCUCUGCACAACAAGGCCCAGACAACCACAGAUGAUCUUUUUUUUGAAAGCGAGAAGGUUGGAGCGGGCGAUGCUCACGUAACCAUCCCCCCGUCCCCACUCUCAACCCCUGCACCCUUUCUUCAAUGGGGGCUGUCGGCAGGUCGUUUUCUCUCCAAAUCGUCUUGUCCUUCCUCUUGCAUCCAGACCCGCGUUCACUCCAGACCGUGGCGAUGCUGGCACAUGAAGCUAGACUGGAGUGUAGAAGCGUUUCCUUUACCUUUUUUCUUUUAACCAUUCAGUCCUCUACAGUGGGCAUGACCUGCGGCAGCCCUCUCCCCUCUCCCUUCCCUCUCUCCCUUCCCUCUCCCCUUCCCUCUCCUUCAUACAGAACAAUGUACAAUACAUGUCGAUGUACAUAACUUUUCUUAAAAAAAAAAAAAACAUGUCUUAAAAAAAAAUGCAAAAAUGACAGAUCACUGUUGAGUCUUUUGAACAUUAUAUUGUAGUUUUUAAUUACCUAAAAAAGAAACUGAAAAAAAUCGUAUGAAUUUGCUUAUUUUUUAAGUUUUCUUUUUUCUUUUCUCUCGUUUGUCUAGCGGAGAAAAAAAGAAACAAAGCUAAAUGUCCCUUGCCCUGAAUCUAUAUAUACAUAUAUAUAUAUAUACAUACUUAUAUUUUUUCUAAUGGCUGUAUAGUUUACAGUUGCAGGGAGGAAUUAAACCGGCAAGACGUGGAUUGACAGGAACAUGGCCGACUUCACAACUGACAGGCGCCACCAACAAAACAGUGCAACCAAAAAACACACGCGCACCGCACACACUUCGGCAAGUAUCUUUGGUGCUUUCUCCGCCCCCCCCCCCCCUUUUUUUUUGUUUUUUAAGGAUUCACACCAAGAAUAUAAUUACUUUUAUCCGCGGUUUGCCACAACAACUCAUCUGGCCAGAGGUCGAUUUAAGGGAUCCCUCAUGACACCUACCGGAGGCCCUUCUAAACAGACCGUUUUCUUUUUUAAAGAAGGAUUUUAAAACCAUGUAUUUAUAUUUUCAACGUAUAUGCUUGCUGUUCCACUCACCCAAGUCCCAUGCCAGCGCCACCCUGACGUUGGUGGAGAGGGGCUCAAAGGGCUGUCUUUCAAUCUUUUUUCCCCCCCCAGAUUUCUUUGGGUGUGUGUGUGUGGAAGCCCAUUUUUUUUGGUUGUAUUAUUAUUAUUUUUUUCAACACGUUUAUACACAUUAUAAAUAAGGAAAUACUGCUUCCCGAAGCACUCCUGCGUUGGGUUUGGUUAGAAUUCUGCCGUCGGUGCUUGUGGCUGCAGGACCCCGUCCUGGUUGUGAGCUUGACCCGGUCUCUGGUGAGUUUUGCGGAAACGGGUUGGAGGCCGUUGUGUUUUGUUUUUUCUAUUUAGUUUUUGUGAAUGACACGCAUGUGUGUUUGUUGUGCGAGCGUGGAGAGAGCGCAGAGGCACACACGUGAAUAUGUGGGUGUGUUAAUUUUUUUUUUUUUGUGACUGUCAAGUGUGAGUAAUUCCCCCGGGUGUGGGGGUUUGACCCUCUGUGCCUCCCAUGGAGGCUGCUCCUUAAAAAAAAUCAUCUCGUAGGGUGACGGUCGUGGCUCCUGAAGCUGGGGUCCCACUCUUUUUCUAGUGGCUAGUGAAACCCAAGCAUCCUCCAUUGGGUGUUGGUAGCUGGCGAAUGCAGAACCACACGACUCUGGAGCCACCAGUGGCGGUACCACCGUCAGGUGGCCCCCUGAUUGAGUGGAGCGGGGCCCCCAGCGACCGACUCCCCAAUGUACAGAUAGCAUGUUUCCUUUUUGUUACCCUUUUUAGUUUUACUUAAUUUUCUUCUUUUUCUUUCUCCAAAUGGCUUAUUCAUCAUUUUUGGGGUGGGGGGCUGUUUCUUAUCACUUUAUUUAUAUUUGCAUAUUUGUACCAUAUGAUCUUAUUUUUAUAGCAUUCACAACAUCUAGGUCUCUUUUUUGAGAAGAAAACUCAUCAUCUUUUUUUUUUCAGGCUUAGCUUUUGCUGUUUUGGAAACAUUUAAAGUACAAGUGUCAUUUAGAUGUUUGUUUCUAAAUUGUAUUGAGAUGGUAUUUUUGUAUGUGUAUCACUUCCUUUAAACGAAUCCACACACCCAUUAAAUCCUUGAAACCUACAA